CAACGACACCUAUGUGCAAAUUGGAGAAAUACAGUGUAAAAAUGAAAGUUCCAAGUUGGCAGUGUUCGUGAAAAGGCAAAAUUUUCAACAUUUUCGUGGUGUUUUGUGAAUAUUUGUUACUGUUUCCACAUAGUAGAAUGUUUAUUUAAGUGAUAUUGUUGUGAAGAGAGAGAACACAAUGUCUUGGCAACCGGGGCUUCCGCCCCCUCAAACUUCGCAGUCUGUGCCACUUGCACCUUUUAAUCAGCAGCAGAAUCAGUCACAGCAGUGGCAACAGGUGAAUCAGCAGCCGGUGAAUCCACCUUCUGGGCACCUGUGGCAGGGUAAUAGUGGCAAUCCCGGCUGGCAGGCAGAUCUGCAACGUCAGCAAGUGUCCGGUGGGCUCGUGGCCAAAGCACCACAUCAGCAAAACACAACGUCAAACAGUGGUGGUGCACCUUAUCAGCCACAGAGCAUGACUUCUAAACACUUUCAAACGGUGGAUGCUUUUGACAAUCCCGGAGAUGGUUGGGGCGAUUGGGAUUGGAAUGACAAUCAGCAGCAGCCGCACGGACAGCAGAAUUACCAACCUUUUCAGCAUCAGCAGCAAUUUCAGCAAACGCAGCAACCUUCUGUUCAGAGUCCCAAUAACAAUAGAUUCAUUCAGUCCGUUCCGGAAGUCAAUGCUUUCCCGCAGGCACCUCCGCAGGUGCCACAGGUGCCUCAGAAUAUGUUCAGUCAGCCACCAGUGAGCUUUACACCGUCUCCACAGCAAAAUCCACCACAGAAUCCUCAGAGUAAUUUUCCCAAUCCUCCCGCCUUUGUCCAUCAAGUCAAUCAGAAUGUCAUUGAGGAUAGUUUUUCCACGGACCAUGGCAGUUGGAAUUGGAGUCUGGAUGCCUCAACGGGUCAGAAGACUUCGCCAAAGACAUCACAGUCCAAUCACUCGAGAAAUGCCUCAAUGGGCGGCGGCGGGGAAUUGGUGGAGAAUCAACAGCAAUUGCCGGAAAAUAUUUUAGCCAGUCUACCUGAUGAAGCUAGAAAUACUCAGGGAAAUCUCCCCAAUCCACUUUUGUCGCGUGUCAUGAAGAGUGAUCAUCAAUUGACACCACAGUGGUCAACUGAGAGUCAGAUGUCCCAUUCGUCGAGUGAUCGUUCGGGAGAGAGUGAAAAUCUAGAUUCCAGAAGUAGUAUGACAACUUCUGAAGAACCCCAUAAUGAUUCCAGUCGAUCAUUUUCACCCAAAAAAGUGGAAUACAAUCAUCAGAUUUUGGACAAACAGCCUGAUAAAUUGGAUGAGACUCUGAUGGCACUCAGUGUAGCCACAGCACCGCCAAAAGUUGAUUCGCCCAAAAGUCCUCCACUCGAGAGGCAGACACAGUCUCCAGGAAUACUUCCCACGCCGCCUCAGACCAAUUUGGCCAGAGCCUCACCAGGUCCACCGCCUCCAGUGGCGUCAGCGCAGAGAUCAAAUGAUAGGAAUCCCUUCAAGAGAUCCGGAAUGGCUGUUCACAAAACACUCCAGUUUCAGGCAGCGUCCAAACCGACAGUUUCUCCAGAUAAUUUCUAUCAGCCACCUCUUCCUGUGUCCCAGGAGACGAUAAACCAGGAAACUCUGGUACCGGACAAUGCCGAAGUUGUUCCACAGGUCACCAAUCAAUUUCCCCCAAUUCGAUCAGGACCAGAAGUUGAAAAUCACGAAAUUGCUCCAAAUAACGAUCGCAAUCAAUUCCUAGAGACCGGGCAUUUGGCAGAGGAGAAUCUUAGUGUUCCAGCUCCGGCCACAAAUUCCCCUCCUUCUGAGGCAGUUGACAGUCUGCCCCCUCCGGGACUCUCCCGAUAUGUCCUUGGAGAACCCGAAGUGAGACCAAGUGGAGGAAUGGAUGUGCCUGAACCACCACCAGGACUCGAUAGAAUGGUUCCCGGAACAGAUUUAGCCAAUGCAUCGAACUUGAGUAUGGAACGUCAGGCUGAUGGUCAAGUGUCCAAUUUACUGUCAACGACCACCAAUCGACGGAUGGUGCAACAAGUGCCUGAUAACACUUCGAGCCUCCAAGAGAGGAAUCUCUAUCUUGCCUCCAGUGAGACGGAGAUUCAGCCCCAGAGUCAGCGAGUUGUUACAGGGGAUGAGAGUGGUCGACAUACUUUCACACCAAUUGUCCAAUCGCGUGACCAUGAAAUGGUGAUCAAUGAUCAGAGGCGGGAUCUCGAGGUGGAUGGGGAAAAUUUGCAGGAUCAACAGCCACAGAGAAUUGAUCGACUGCGUGAUGAGCCAAUAGAGGGAGCCAAUACAGGGGAUGAUGAUCAAACGGGCAAUGUUGUUGGCAAUAAUGCAACAGAAGCCGAAUCCGUUGCAACAAAUGAUACAGGACGCAAGGAUGCCUCAAAUGUUUCCACAUGCGAUGACAGUGAUAAAGAUCGCAAUUACUACAAGUCAGGAAGUCGCAGGGAUGACAGGAGAAAACCCAAGGAACGGUAUGAUUCGGAGGAUUCGGAGUAUGGAAGUGAUCAUGGACGUCGACGGUAUAGGGAGGGUAGUAAUCGAGAUGAUCGCUAUGAGAGAGAUCGUGAUAAGUAUGGAAGAUACGAGGGGAGAUACUCUUCCAGAGAAGAAUACAAUCGCCGACGCGAUGAUCGGGAUGAUAUUGAUUCACGAAGAGAUGAAAAAGGUAGAAGAUACAGACGGGAAUAUGAUCGAGAUCGCAGAGAUGAUCGACGCAAAGAUGACAGAUAUAGAGAUCGCGAUGAAAAGGAUCGCGAUCGUCGGAGGGGCAGAAGAUAUGACUACGAUGAUGAUUAUUCGAGAAGAGACAGAGAUAUGGAACGAGAACGAGGAGUUAGAGAUGAUCGUCGUAAAGAUGAUCGCUAUAGAGAUCGUGAGGAGAAAGAUCGCGAUCGUCGACGAGGUGAUCGAAGAUACGACUAUGAAGAUCCAUAUCAUAGGAGUGGGAGCAGGAAUACUGAUCGUGAUCGUAUGCGUGAAAAAGAUCCAAGAUAUAAUCAAGGAUACUAUCAACAAGGCUAUGGAUAUGACUAUUCGUACUACUCUCAACAACAGAUGCAAUACUACGAAGCUCUCCGUCGAACUAAUCCCCAAGCCUAUGCCGAAUGGUAUAGGAAAUACUAUGCUCAGAUGCAGCCCCAGAUUGCUGUGAGUGAUAUUCCAACGGAUGGGAGAGAAUCUGUACAUUCCGGACGCAGUUCAGCCAACGAUAAGGAGCGGUACAGUCGAUCGAUGCAGCAAUUCUAUCAGCCGCAUGAUUAUCAGCGAUCAUUCAGUCAAUCGAAUAAUUCAACAAUUAUGGAUGGGAGCUAUGUGGGUGGAAAUUCUGGCAGUUUUCAUCAGCAGCAGCCUUCGUCUCUUCCCUAUCAGCAGCCACAAUCAUUCUAUGUACCGAAUUCCGGUCGACAGUUUUAUUCUCAAAGUGACUAUUCCGAAUCCAGAUUCGAAAAUACUUACAAUUUGGAGAAGACAUCAGAGAGCGCCGAAGUGGCCAGAUUGACCCCAAAGAAGUUUACAAAUGAGCACACAAGUGCAUCAUUGUCAGCUGCUGGAUUACUGGUGUGCAUUAAGCCACGGUAUACAGCAACGGGUGUCAGUAAUUUGGUGAAAAUUCUCAAUUUGGGUGCUAAUGAUGCAACAAGGAAGCUGUUUCAUGCCUAUCCGGGUCCACUUGUGCGUGGCACAACACACAAGAAGACUGUUAUUGAGUUCUGUGAGGAUCAAAUACGUCUUGGACCACCGUCGGAUGCUGUAUUACGCUCCCGCGGUAACUCCAUGAGUAGUUUGUGCUCACAGCAAUCUGCAAACAGAGCUUCUUUCACGCUGCUUUGGAAUCUACUAAUUCUUCUGCUCAGACAAAAUGGGAUGGUUGUUGGAACAGAUAUUUCGGAGUUGUUGAUGAAGAAUAAGUCCGAAUUCCCCUAUGAGUUUGAUCAGUCACAACCAACUGCAAAAAUUUCAAGUGAUCGUAAUUCUGUGCAAUCUGACUCGAAGAAAUCUCGUGACAAUAGUGAUGGUGAUGUCGAUGAGAGUGCUGAUGAGGAUGAACGUCAGGCAUCGGAAGAGAAGCAAACACUGUCACCGGAGGAAGUUACUAAUAAAUUUCGCAACUAUCUGCUGUACGGAAAUGUAAAUGAGGCCCUGGAUUGGGCAACGGAGAACAAUUUAUGGGGUCAUGCUCUGUUUCUCGCAUCGAAAGUUGAUCGUCGAUCUCAUGCCAAUGUUAUGAUGAAAUUUGCCAAUAAACUUCCACUCAGUGAUCCACUGCAGACACUGUAUCAACUGAUGAGUUUGAGAACACCGUCCUCAGUUACGAGUGCUGUAGAUGAAAAAUGGGGAGAUUGGCGUCCUCAUCUGGCUAUGAUCAUCUCAAAUACAUCGCAGAAGCCAGAGCUCAAUAUUAAGGCCAUUACAACACUCGGUGAUUCACUUUACAAUCGUGGUGAUGUUUUUGGGGCACAUUUUUGCUAUCUCAUGGCUCAGGUGAAUUUCGGAAAGUAUCGAAAUGUCAAUCAGGAUUCAUCAAUUAUGGCCAAUUCAUCGACAUCACCACGUUUGAUCCUUCUGGGAUCAUCACCACAUCGGACUUUUAGGCAAUUUGCUACAAAUGAAGCGAUCAUGAUGACUGAAAUUUACGAAUAUGCUUGUACGCUGAAUGACGAAAAGUUCUCCGUGACGGAAUUUCAGCCGUACAAAUAUAUUUUGGCAUCGAGAAUGAUUGACUAUGGGAUGCAAUUGAAGGCAUUGUUGUACAUGGAACAGAUCUCAAGGCAUAUUCAGAAAGAUCCCAGCAAAUAUGAAGAGGAAUUCAUUGAGAGAGUGUUUGUUAUGGCUGAUCGAUUGAAGUACUAUGAUCCUAUGCACGAGAAAUCACUCGAUGAUACUUCUCCAGAUGCCCAAGAGGGUGGUGUUGAUGGACAAAAUUGGCUCAGUGAUCUCCAAUCUGUUUUACGUCAAUUCAAUAGUGGAGUUUUGUCAUAUCAUUCGUCUUCUGUGCAGAAUUUAACUCAUGAUCCUCAAGUAUCUAAAAUUAAUACGGGUUAUGCUCCAGCUCAGACAGUUGAUUACUCCAAGUCUGAAAUAGAUGAACAAUUUAGGGAGAUAAAUCAGCAAUUUAAUCAACUGAAUCUGCAGUAUCAGGCUGAACAGCAGCAGCAGCAGAAUCAACCAAUUUCUCUGGAUUACAGUGCACCGGCGAUGAAUCCUCCUGUUCCAGAUUAUCAGUCGCAACAAUUGGGAGAUCCCUAUCAAAAUCAGUAUCCAUCAAUGCCCUAUGGAGGUGGUGGUGGUGGUAUUGAUCAAGGAAAUCCAGUGGCAUCAAUGGAUAGUCCCAAUUACUACGAUCCAUCGCAAUUUGGAUCUGUUGCGCAGCACAAUGUGGAUAAUACAUCGAAUUAUGACUACUACGGCCAAUCUCAGUCAAAUACCGAGCCUCUUCCACCAUCAUCUCAGACACCAUCGAGUGUUGAGGGCAAGAGUGGGGAGGAAGUGCCUGAAAUUGCGGAAUUGCAAGAAUCGCCCAAACGGCUCCAGAGACAGCCGGUUGAAGAUAUGCCAAAACCACAAAUAACAAUGCCAAAUUCUUUUUCAAACAAACCCGGCUUCUACGAGGAUGGCCCACAGGAUCACGACAUAAAGGGAAAGCAGAAUGAUGGUGCUGGAAGUAAGGGUCAAGUGAAUGAGAAUAAUGCAAAAAAGGUGUCUGGAAAGGAGAGUAAGAAUGUGGGUCCGCAGAAUAAUCAAUCUAGUGGAUGGUUUGGGGGAAUAUGGGGAAAGUUCUCCCUGAAGCCCAAAAACCAAAUGAUUCUGCCCGACGAUAAAAAUCCCACGAUUGUUUGGGAUCCUGAAAAGAAGAAAUGGGUUAACACUGAUGGAGAAGCUGAUGAAGGGGAAAGCUUUAAGCCUCCGCCCAAAAUGUCUGAUCUUGCUCCACAAUCCAAUCAUGAAUAUUCAAUUCCACACCAAGAUGCACAUCCACCACAGAUUUCUCAGCCUAUUGCUCAGACUACACCAGUUCCAGCUGCAACACCUGCAACAGAUGGGACUCCGGUGCCCAAAGGCAAUAAUCUUCAGUCGAAUAUGUUCAAGAUGCAGCGAAAUAGGAACAAUUUUGCAGCUCUUAAGAAUUCGUAUGUGGACGUUUUCAAUCCAAGUGGUGCCCCAAUGAAGCCGGUGCAGCCAGUUUUGGCACCGACACUGCCUUCAGUUCCGCAGACUGGCUUUUUUGUUCCUCCAACUGGAAGUGGUGCUACCGUAUCGACGGAACAAACAGAUAAUACACCCCAAUUUUACAAUCCAAAUCAAUUUGGUAAUUUUCAACAGUAGCCAACAAAUUGCGUAUUUAAAGGAAAAUAUAGAUAAAAAAACACAAUUUAUAAAAUAUUGUAAUAUUUCUUAUAUAAUAGCCAUAGGGUAGAAUUGUAAUAGAAAAUAGGGUUGUGUCUGAAGUGAGUAUGGUUGGGGUGUAUUUCUUUUGCAGUUGCAUUAAAUAAUAACAAUAUUUUGAUCUUAAUUAUCUGUUUUGACUAAAAAAAAGAAAAUGGUGAAGACUUGAUAGCUAUUACACAAAUUAGUCGAAUUUAGUUGACAUCCUAUUUUGUGAUUUAAAAGUGUGUUUUGUUGGUUGGUAAGGUACUGGUGAGGAACAUCAAGUAUUAAAAGUUUGGAAGGGAAGUGUUUUCGUGUUUAAAUUUCUUUUUUUUUUAAUUUAAUAUUUUUUUCUGUGACACGGAAGUACUAAGAAGUUUUAGGGAGUUAUUACAAUGGAUUGGAAACGAGACAGACCUAAGUUGAUUUAUUUUUUAAAUAUUGGCAAAAUCUACAUAAUUGUUUACUAUUAUAAGUCUUUUUUUUUGUAUAAAUUGAAGCAAGGAAAAACAGUCGUUUCUAUAUAAUAAUUGUGUAUAUGCUGCUGUUUAGACAUGUUUUUUCUCCCCCUUUAUGAAUUAUAAAUUAUGUACAAGUUAUUCAGUUGUGUGUAGAUAGCACUGGGUUGGAAAAUUUAUAUACGAAAAUAUUAUUACUAUAAAUAAACAAUGUAUAUCAUAGAGAGACAAA